AGACAGUAAAAAGACAUUCUUCUUGGAGCUCCCAACCAGCCAGCUCCUUCUUGGAGCUCUCAAGCAGUCAGCCCUGCAGCAAGCAAGGAGCUCUCAGGCAAACAGCCCUGCAGCAAGAAAGGAGCCCUCAAGUAGUCAGCCCUGAAACAAGCAACCAGCUCUGCAACGAGUCUACAUUAAAAUUGUGUUGCAAGCAUCGCAGCAUGGAAAGCCACAAUUCAGCAGGGAGAGAUGCUGAAGAAAGUAAUUUAAGCAAUCCAGUGCCUCCCAUCCUGCCUCAAGAGGACCAAGGGAGUUCAAGGCCACAAAGAGAGGUCCGGCUGGCACAGCGGGCCUUGGAAAGCUAUGAUGCUGAGAAGCAGGACCUUGAUGCCAGGAUACAAAGGGCAUGGGACCAGGUUGAAGCAGAUAUAUCUGAAGCUCAAAACGCCCCAUACACAGUGGCCUCAAUUCAGCGGGUGAUAAAGCGAGUGAAGCCCACCCCGCAGGGUCCUGUUAAUAUGAAGGCAGUGCUACAAGACGCAAUGGACCGCGUGGAGGGCUUAAGAGAGACACGAUCUCAGCACUCUGUCUCAUCUAAGUCCACCACAAGAUCUAAAGGCUCAGCACACUCACAGAUAUCAUCUACUAGUAUGGCAGCAGCUCAGUGAUCUUUGGACGAGAGCUAUUGUCAGGGCAAUGGACAUCAAGAUCAAGAUAUUUGUUCUCCUCGCUCUGGUGGUAAUCGUCAUGGUGUAUUUUUCCAGCAACCUCAAGAUGUUGUUAAAGAUUGACGAGGGCAUGCCUGUGGUCUACUCCUGUCGUGCAAGUUUAUACGAGAUGAUGUUAAAAAAUAAACCGAAGGUCAUUGCUCGCCCAAUCGCGGACAUGACCUUCGUCUCAUCAGCCUCCAACAGCAUUGCCAGGGUUAUGAAUGGCAACAGGACGCGACCGCUCAGCGUGGGUGACACGCUGCUCGUCGAAGUCAAGGUGCGAGACUUCGCCGGGCGCCCCAAGCACCAUGGCGGGGACUUCCUGCUCGCCAGGCUCUCAAACGUGCAGCUCGACGCGGCCGCCUCCGGCGCGGUGACCGAUCACGGCGAUGGCACAUAUCUCGUGGCCUUCCGCAUCUCAUGGCCAGGCGAGAGCCACGCCGAGGUGGUGCUCGUCCACUCGAGCAAGGCGGUCGCGGCGCUGGAGAGGGUGCGCGAGGCCGUGCCUGACAAGAUCGGCUUCUGGGGCUCGUUUGUGUCCGGCCGACGCGAGGAGCGGUCUGUCUGCCACGUGUCCCUGAACGCAACGGCAGGUGGCCGGCUCUGCGACUUCGGCGACGCAGAGCGCGGCGAGGCGUGGCGGUGCGCGAGGCCGAGGGGGAUGCCCUGCAGUGCCCUCCGGGGCUACGUGUCGUACACCAAGUACGCGCACAUGUUCACGAGUGAGGAGUGCCAGCUCUUCUCGAGUGGGAAUAACCUUGUUCCUAUAAACAUCAAAUACAAGGUGCAAGCUACGCAGUAUAAAGGUAAGAUGUGUGAUAUUGCGAUCAUCAAAAGUACAGUAAUCAUCUGGUUAUUCACGAAAUUUGCUCUCCGCGGUUUUGGUUAUCGGCGAAUCGCAUGUGGAACUUGACUGCUGCAUCGAGAAAGUCGACUUUUUUUGGCAAUUUGUUAUUCUUUUAUCCAGAAUGGGAAAUUUCCACGUAAGUAAAAAUGCGUCACAGACGACAUUGCACACAAAUCGCAUCAAAAGUGAAAAACUAAGUCGCCAUUGCAGGCUUCACACAGCGCUUCGUCAGCGCACCACCCGUGGUUGAACCUGCCCAGAUCAUUCAUCAUUUUAUGAGAACCAAAACUCAACCUGCAUCCCUGUGCUCGCCAACAGACGGAAUAAGAAAGCGGUGUUCGCGCACUCGGAACCUGCCAACUUGUUCUUUCGACUCUUUAAAAUUGCCAACUUGGCUUGUCCCAGUAGGUAAUUGGCCGAGCAGCCCCUUCUUGCUGAGCGAGAUAUGUAGAAAACUAGUAGGGACAUCUUGCGCGUAAUUUUACAAACAGGAGGGCGAACCUUGGACAGCGGGCAAACCACGUGAGACACGUUAUGGGACCUCCCUUGCCAGUAUCAACAUAUACGAAUAGGUUUAACCCUUUCUGGCAAUAAAACGGGGGGUGUUAAGACGUCAAAACACCAAACAGGAACCUUC